UGUCCUACGUGGCUUUCCGUCGGUGUUCCAGCUGCCCUGACGCACUGUCUUGUUUGUAGCAAACGCAGAGUUAAAGCUAAGUCUUGCUUUUUAUCUGCUUUGUUUUGCGUCCUAACACUCGCGUGUCAAGAGGUUGAUCGAAGUCAGUCUUCGUGUUGUAUGCGUCUGUGUCGAACUGUCCGGUCACAUUUGUAGAUGUAAACAGAGCAUAUCUUCGUCAUUUAGCGAGGUGAACAGCAGCGCAGUGUUAGCUUCGGUGCUUCGGAUGAAAUUGUUCCCGUGUUAACUGGACCUCCAGCGUCCGUCGUUGCUGCUACUAACGGUCGCUUUUAAAUGCAGACGUGAAAAUAAGAUCCAUAAAAGAAUAUUUUACUGCACUUGCGGCUAAACGGCUGUCGCCGAGACAGCUACUGAAUUCUGUCGGUUUUUUUUAAAACAUCUGCCGUUCCGUACGUCCGACGUCCGUCACCAGUUCACAGGGAAGCCAGUUAAUCCGUAACACCAGUCGCUUCUCGAUGAUCAGAAGUCAGACUCCGCCAUGAAUUGUCGCUCGGAGGUACUCGAGGUAACGGUGGAGUCGAGGCAGGUGGAGGAGUCCAUGCUGGCCCUGCUUCACACCAUCUUACUGCACCGCAGCACCGGGAAGUUCCACUACAAGAAGGAGGGCACCUACUCCAUCGGCACGGUGGGCACCCUGGACAUCGACUGCGACUUCAUUGACUUCAGCUUCGUCCGGGUUUCCUCGGAGGAGCUGGACAGGGUGAUCAGGAAGGCUGUGUCCGAGUUCAAGGACGCCCUGAGCAACUCCGGCAGUGACGGGAUGGGCCAGAUCUCCCUGGAGUUCUACCAGAAGAAGAAGUCCCGCUGGCCCUUCUCGGACGAGUGCAUCCCCUGGGAGGUGUGGAGCAUCAAGGUCAACGUUGUCAACCUGGCCAACGAGCAGGAGCGGCAGAUCUGCAGGGAGAAGGUGGGCGAGAAGCUGGGCGAGAAGGUCAUCAACGUGGUGGAGGUCAUCAACCGCCACGAGUACCUGCCCAAGAUGCCCACCCAGUCCGAGGUGGACAACGUCUUCGACACCAGCCUCAAGGACGUGCAGCCCUACCUCUACAAGAUCACGUACCAGAUCACGGACUCGCUGGGCACGUCGGUCAGCACCACCAUGAGGAGGCUGAUCAAAGACACACUGGCCCUGUGAGGACGCUGCUCUCCACAAGACACGGAUCACACACACACGUCUAGGGUUAUAAAUGGCAGAUUGUUUUUAUAAGUACAGCUGUGACGUCUCCGUUUAAAUUUUUUGCUUGAAGAUUUUCAAUUAUGUAAUCUUCAUUUUGGAGGUUUUAAGGAAUUUCAGUUUUUUUUAAAUUCUGCACUGCAAGUUGAAAAUAAUGCGAACACGUCCAUCAGUUGAAUUCUGUGGAGAGUUGUGUUGUUAAUAAUGCUUUCUGUAAAUUUUUGCAAUAAAUCUUGUUGUUCGUCAACUGUGUCAGACUGUAACAGGAGUUUUCACAACUUUCAAUCGGAUCCCAAAGUUUUUAACGAGCAGUUUUGUCUCUUAGCUGAAUUUCCUCGUCUGUGUAAAAACUUCCGCUCUGCACGGCGGUUUGCGCAGUGACCUUACGUGUGGAGCAGGACAGGAUUUCCACUUUUCCAUUUUUCCAAAUUAAAGCCAACACUUCCUCGGUUCACUCCUCACUUCCAGUCACAAACUGUCACGGUGGCCCAGAGCUGGAAAAACAUCCCGCCCGGUCCGUCUCGGGACGGUGUGCCUGCCAACAGGAAACCACCACGUGUGUGUGUGUGAAUGUGUGUGCUUUCCUUUUACAUGCUUAUCAAAGAACCUUGUGUGUGCCUCAUCAGUGUGAAAAACACACAUGUGGCAGGUGUGUGUAGAUUUCUUCUCAUGUAGAUGCUGAACUUUGUAAACAGUGGAAUCAAAGCUUCACUGUGUAAAAGCUGGAAUGUUAAUGGAGCCCAUGUUUAUUGAACUACAUCGUAAUGACAGGAGAAUAAAGGUUCUAUAGUUUGUCUCAAAAUCUUUAGUUUCUACUAAGAAAUAAAACACAUUGACUUCAUUAAAAGACCUAAUGAGAGAAGAAAUAUAUUUUGCUCACUGACUACAUGUUAAUUUAACUUUUAAACCAAAUAAUCCUUAAUCUGUUUUUUUCUUCAAAAUAUUGUCAAAUGUGUGAGGACCUGUCUCGUGUGUCGGGUAUUUCCUAAAUGUAAAUCCAAUGGAAAUGCAGAUGUAGCUUUGUGAAUGUCGAAACUGCAUCAGCAGCUCAUGGUGAGAAAACCAAAGCAGAUUUCUCUGAACAGUGUUUCACUUUAGGACUGAGGAAUUCUAUUCAGUAGUUUGCAAACAGGAAUGGUAGUUUUUGCCUCUUAAUUUAGCUGUGUUGGCUUCAAAAGGACUUCAACUUGAAGUAGUCACGUCUGAUCUGUUUUGAAGAUUUAUUGUCUUUAAUUUGUUGAUGGAAACAAAUAAAAAAAAUUAUGUGUUUAUUGA